GCGCCGCCCCUCAAUGGCGCGCUGCAGAGACUGGCGGAAGUCGGUUUUACAACAUGGCGGCUGAGGCAGACGGGCCUUUCAAACGGUUGCUGGUGCCGACUCUGUUACCCGAAAGAUGUUACGACCAAAUUUUCGUCCAGUGGGACUUGCUUCACGUCCCCUGCCUCAAGAUUCUCCUCAGCAAAGGCCUUGGGCUUGGCAUUGUGGCUGGGUCACUUCUGGUAAAACUCCCUCAGGUGUUUAAAGUGCUGGGUGCCAAGAGUGGUGAAGGGCUGAGUCUUCAAUCUAUAAUGCUGGAACUAGUAGCGUUGACCGGGACCAUGGCCUACAGCGUUACUAACAACUUCCCCUUCAGCUCUUGGGGUGAAGCCUUGUUCCUGAUGCUCCAGACAGUCACCAUCGGCUUCCUGGUCCUGCACUACAGAGGACAGACUGUGAAAGGUGCUGCUUUCCUAGCCUGCUAUGCCCUGGUCCUGCUGGUGCUGCUUUCACCACUGACACCCAUGACUGUAGUCACCCUGCUCCAGGCCUCCAACGUUCCAGCCGUGGUGGUGGGGAGGCUGCUCCAGGCAGUCACCAACUACCACAACGGACACACAGGCCAGCUCUCGGCCAUUACUGUGUUUCUGCUCUUCGGGGGCUCCCUAGCCCGAAUUUUUACCUCCAUUCAGGAAACUGGAGACCCCCUUAUGGCUGGAACUUUUGUGGUCUCUUCCCUUUGCAAUGGACUCAUUGCUACCCAGCUCCUUUACUACUGGAAUGUAAACAUUCCUCAGAAGAAGAAAAAGCAACAGUAGGGCUGAGCAGCUGCAGAAUUGGCUGUGGGAGUUCAUCCACAUUCAGACCAGUCUGCCGUGUGACUUCUAAUCAUUUCCUAUACUUCUGUAAUCACAAUUUCUUGAACCAGGAUUUUUGGUGGAAACACUAUUGGUGAGCCCGAAUCAUAGAAAAGAUGGGAGAUUUCCAAGCUGACAUUUUGCUCUGUCGUAUGCUCUUAACUCAUUUAAUCAUUUGGCUAAGACCUCCUUAGUUGUAGUUCCAGCCGUUCUGGGCAAGUGCUAAUCUCCCACCUUCCCUCUGACCCCCAAAGACUACGGGCCUUUCUGUAAAUUCCUGUGCCCUCUCUGGCUGGGACCUUCUCCUGGACCCUUAGGUGGGGACGGGGGUGGGGUGGGGAAGGAAAGGAGACUGACUCACACAGAGCCCC